AUGGUAGUGACUAUGCUGAACUACUACUUGUUUGUUAUCAUAACUGGAUGGUUAUUAAUGUCAAGGUCGUCAACAGUACUAGCUGCUAUACUUGUCAAACCUGGUUGUCCAGAAAAGUGCGGAAACAUAACUAUUCCAUUCCCAUUCGGAAUUGGAUCGUCCAAUUGUUAUUUUGACAAAUGGUUCGAAAUCUCCUGCCACAACUCUGUGCCUUUCCUCAAACACACUCAACUACAGGUACUUAACAUUUCGUUAUAUGAUUAUGACGACUAUAGACCGUCCCAAUGGGUUCAGGUGAGAAGCCCCAUCAGUUUCUUCAACUGUGCAAAUAAGACAAGCAAAAAAUCUGCAAAUUUAACAGUAAGUUGUGGUCUUGUUGCCAAGUACGAAAUAAGGAGUGGUAUCAGGGUCGUCCAGGAUGGGUGCACCAGCAGCAGUUCCACCUGCUCAUCAUCAUCCAAUAGUAUUGAUUUUAGUAAUUGCGACGAUGGCGUUAAAUGUUGUCGUACUUCUUUCUUUAUGGGUAGAGGUGCCAGCUUCAAAAUCUCCAUGGAUAAUGAUUCUAGUACAACUCUUGCAACAAAUCGUGAUAACGAAUAUUGCAAAUAUGCAUUCCUGAUUGAUUCUUAUGAAAUUGAUAAAUUCAAAACAUCCCAUCAUCUCGAUUAUCUGGAUUAUUAUGUUCCCGCCAUACUAACUUGGUCCCUUAACAAUACGUAUUUCGACAUAUUUAAAAUACAUGUUAUCCCAACCAUAUCCAGUUCUAGCAGCUUCUACUGCAACACCUAUAAUGGUAUUUUAAAUUCCUCUCUAGAUAGGAUAUACAGCUGUCGCUGCAGUAAUGGAUUUCGAGGGAGUCCGUACAUUCAGGACGGGUGUCAAGGUAAUCCUCAAUCCACCACUAAUAUUUUUUAA